CCACGACUUUCGUGAAGCCCAUCCGCCAAACGGUCUCUCUCUCCCGUCAACCACCCAGAGAUUCCAUCGACAACUACCGCAACCAUGGCGGACAACGACAGCCCCGUUACCCUGCGAACUCGCAAGUUCAUCCGCAACCCUCUGCUGGGCCGCAAGCAGAUGGUCGUUGACAUCCUCCACCCCAGCCGUGCCAACAUCUCCAAGGAGGAGCUCCGCGAGAAGCUCGGCGGCCUGUACAAGGCCCAGAAGGACCAGGUCCAGGUCUUCGGCCUGCGAACCCAGUUCGGUGGCGGCAAGACCACCGGUUUCGCCCUCAUCUACGACUCCCCCGAGGCCAUGAAGAAGUUCGAGCCCAACUACCGCCUGGUCCGCGUUGGCAUGGCCACCAAGGCCGAGCGCGCCAGCAGACAGCAGCGCAAGCAGCGCAAGAACCGACAAAAGACGCUGCGGGGCACGGCCAAGGUCAAGGGUGCCAAGGCGAAGAAGGAGAAAUAAGCGCGCGGUCUUUUGCUGUCGGCGGCGUCGUUGUAAAAACCCGGGGUCGGUAUGGGGGCUUUGGCAUCGUCCGGCGCGCGCCGCGGGCGUGCUGCUGGCAUCAUUUUUCGCCUCGGCAUGGGAUGGAAACGUGUCGGCGAAUCGGUACCUCUGGACACGACUGGGGGAUUGGGGGUGGUGAGGGCUCGGCUUCCAUGGUCUACCUUGUCACUAGCAUGAAUCAAGGUGUUUCGGUUUUGGCCAUUCCACGUUGCUGAGCGGGCUCGACAACGAGUGACCGGGUACGCAUGCACAGUCGGUGAUGACAUGAUGUUGUACACGACUUGAGGAACAACGCCGACCAGCAGCUUUGGGGGUAUCAACGCCUGCCUAGGUGCCCACCCGGGUAUCCUGCAACCCGACUCCGUGUGCCUCGCCUCCAGAUGCAUGUCUGCCACUGAUAUCCAAAAACGC